CCCGCACGGCCGUGUCCGCGUCUAAAUGUGCCAUAAUGAACUAUGACGUCCCGAGAGAUCGCGGCCCCGCGAGCCUUUCUUGCGGAGACAGGUCCUGUCAAUAUCAAGUAUUCAUCGAAUUUGCGUACAGUCAACUGUACCCCGAAGAGGCACCAGCCGUCGAAUAGGCUUUGUGCGGCUCUAGUGCGACGCGUGAUGGCGAACACAUGACUCGUUCCUGGUUGUGGCUUCGUUUCAGUCUCAAUACGGUCCUCGACCGAGGGUUCUCCUUGUCGCCAAAGGUGAACCGAGAAUUAGCCCUUGGUUUUUCCAUCUGGAAACCCUCAGAGAGACAAAGAGCAUAGUUCUCAGCAGCAGCGAGGGGUAUAAAAAUGCUACUCGGACGGUCGUUGGCAGUCAGAAUCGAAUAGUUCUACCUCUCAAGCCACGUCGAAGAUGUACAAGCUCUCUGCUGCUGUCGCCGCCCUCGCCACCCUGACACAGGUCUCCUUGGUGUCCGCGCACGGGGGUGUCCUCAGCUACAACAUCGCCGGGACCACCUACAAUGGAUUCGUGGCUUACGACAGCCCGACCGGGCAGUCUACCAUUCAGCGCGAAUGGGACAGCUACGACCCCAUCCAAGAUCCCACCGACUCGUACAUGUCUUGCAAUGAGGACGGCGCCAACCUUGGCUCCGGUCAGGAGUACGCCACUGUGGCAGCCGGAUCUCAGAUCAUAGCCUACUGGAACAACCCGUGGCCCCACACCAUCGGCCCCGUCAUGGUCUACAUGGCCGACUGCAGCGGCGACUGCACCGACGCCACUACCUCGGACUUGGAAUGG